ACGCUGUUUGCCAAUCACCAUUAAACAACAAAUGAAGAAGAAUGCUUACCUACUGUGUAGUUUUAUCAGUAUCAGCGCCGCCGAGCUAGCUCAACAUUACAGUUGUUAGCUUGGCAGUUAGCUACAUUGAUGCUAAGGAAGUAGCAUUGUUUACAGUGCGAGCAUGGGCAAAAGGUGAAGCUGGUGCUCAUAGCGCUAACCAAACUAGCUAUGUUGACAGGAAAUAAAACACUGAAAUGUGAGACAUCGACAAGAUCGUAGGUGGGAGAGACAGCUUAAUUUACAAGCCGACAGAUGAGACAUGGAUUUCCUCACUCUGUUCGCUAUCUACGUCGUUGUGGUGCUGACAUGUAUUGUCCUAGUCUGCAAAUACUCUGGCCAGCAGCAAACUCCCUUUCACAUAGCGUUUAACUUUGUGGUCAAGGUACUUGCACCAUUUACUCCAAAAUGGCUCCAAAAGGUUUCACAGUGGACCUUGCACCGACUGUUUCAUCAAAGGAACAACAUGUUCAUCUACCUGCAUAUCCUGCUAGAGAUCACCGUCUAUGCAGAGUUCAGCUAUGAGGUGUUUGGCUUCUGCAGAGAGAUGGACACCACUUUGACCAGGCUGUCUGUGCCUUACAUCCUGCUGGUCAUCAAGUCCUUCUUCUUCUACCUCUGUAUCAAGAGAGAUCCAGGCACAGUGACAAAAAAGAAGAUUGCUGUUCAGUUACAAAUCUAUCCAUAUGACAGGAGGUUGUUUCACCCAGGAAUUUCCUGUCCGACCUGUCAACUCGUCAAACCAGCUCGCUCCAAACACUGCAGGGUAUGCAACAGGUGUGUCCAGCGUUUCGACCAUCACUGUAUAUGGGUGAACAACUGCAUUGGCGCGCAGAACACACGCUACUUCUUGCUUUAUCUCUUCAGCCUGUGUGCCAUGGCAGGUGACAUCACCCUGCUAACUGGAGACAUGCUGCUUUAUGUUGUGCUGCAGUCAGGGCUUCUUGGGGCCAGUUAUAUAGAUGAAUAUGGUCAGCAGCAGCCAGCAGGGCCUCUGUUUGUUGUACAGCAUCUGUUCCUGACCUUCCCCCGAAUUGUCUUCAUGUUGGGCUUUGUGCUCUUUGUCUUCUUCCUCCUGGCGGGUUAUGCCCUGUUCCAUUCUUACCUGGCUCUUGUCAACCAGACCUCCAGUGAAUGGUACAAAAGUCGAGGUUAUGUUUGUCAGCACUGUCACCCAACUACAACAGCAGACCAACUCUGCAUCCCGGCACCAGACCAUUCCAAAAGAUACUACUACAGUCGAGGACUACUAAGAAACCUGGGGGAGAUUUUCUUCCUCUCACAUCCUGUUAAGAAAAAAGACACCUGAAAAAGAUACCGCCCUCUCUGUUGUUAAACUGAAUUUACUGUACAUUCCCUCAGAUAUAUUGGCCCUAAAAACUACUGCUGACUGAAGAAAGUUUACAUUAAUGCUGCCUUUAUGAGCUCCGGUCACACCAGAUAUGUUGAUUUGGAUAGGUGUGCCAAAUUGUUCAGCAAAUAUAUCAGGUCAGGUUUGUUAAUUAAAUGUCCCAGCUGCAAACUAAGGACAAUUUAUUUAAGCCCCUUUUUAUCCUAUGGCUGCCAUUAAGUAAUGUUUCCAAAGCUGAAGCAAACAAGAUGUCUUCCGAGUUUUU